UCAGGUGUAGUGGAUAAACCACAGAGCUGACGUCUACGUUGUCACCCCGGCGUCUCAAUGUAACCAAACUACUUUAUUAUAAAACAUAUCUUUCGUUAGUUAUGUAGUUUUAUUGUAAAUACAAACUCCUCUCUCGGAUUAUUGCUCACCUGAGGAAAGCGGAAGAGGGCUAUUGCGGCUCAUGGCUGUGAUUUUAGCCGCUUUCAUAUUGCUGUGCUCUGUCGGAUGGAGGGACACUUUCCACGCAGCAGCUCAGACUUGUGUGGAUGGCUCCAGGUUCAAGGAGGAGGUGGUCUACCUGGGGCAGCAGGGGCCAUUGUAUCAGCUGAGGUGUCCUCUGGAGCUUCAGCCCCAGAACUUGUCUCAGCCCAAACUGAGCUGGCUGAAGGAUUGCCAGCUCCUGGACCAGGAGGGGAAAACUUACCUGCAGUUUGACAGCCUCAGACUGGAAGACCAGGGGAAUUACACCUGUGUGCAACAGAGUAACAGCACAGCUUCAUUCACUGUGCAUCUCAUAAUUAAAGAGUCCCAGUGCUCCAAAGUCCCAGAGUUUAAACCCAAUGGGGGCCCGACCACACUCUGGGAGACUGUGGGAUCCAGUGUAAAACUGAACUGCAGUGCUCUCCUCCAUUGGGACCCACAAGAGAAGCAAUGUGACACCAUGCUGCAGUGGAAAAAAGAUGGGAAACCCCUCACCAAUCACACAUUUUACACACAGAAUACCUCCUCCUGGUAUCCUGCUGCUAGCCAGAUAAUGGUGAACAGUGUACUGGUGGUCACAAUCACACAGCAGGAUGAUUUUGGGCUUUACAGCUGCACAGUGAGAAACAUCUCCUCUGAAUUCAGCCUGGAGGAUUCAAACAGCCCCAGCCACACGGCUGCUGUCGUUGCAGCCAUGAUCCUGCUCCUCUGCCUAGCCAUAGCUGCAGUCGUGUACAUCAAAUGUCACCUCAACAUCAAACUGUGGUACAAGAACUCUUAUGGAGACUAUGAACUCAAUGAUGGAAAAUUGUACGAUGCCUACAUCUCCUUUGUAAACAAUGACUAUGACAGGAAGUUUGUCAACUUCAUUCUCAAACCUCACCUGGAGAACAUAAACGGCUACAAGGUGCACCUCAAUGACAAUGAAAUCCUACCUGGCUCAGAACCUUCUGCAGAGCUUCUGAUGAACAUGAGUCGAUCUCGGCGUCUGAUCGUGUUGCUCUCUUUUGCUUAUCUUGAGCAGGACUGGUGCAACAAUAACUUCAGACAAGGCCUCCAGCACUUGUUGGAGUUGAGUCAGAAGCCCAUCCUCAUUCUCUUACAAGGUCAAUCCAAACGAAUGAGGCCUGAGAUUAAGCAGCAGCUCAGUGAGCACCAGCACUGCCUCACCAUCCUCACCUGGAAACACAACUCUGUGACUCCUUCCUCCGUCUUCUGGAAGGAGCUGGCCCUGGCGAUGCCUCGCAGGAUCGUCUUCCAUAGUGAGUCUGCAGGAGACCCUCAGACGAUACUGCAAGAUGACAAGGACCCCAUGCUGACCCUCGACCCCGACUACCUGGACUGCCGCUCAGACACAGACCCUGCUGGAGAUCUGGGUCUCCGGCUCCCUGUGUACAAAUCUCUGGCGUGUAGAGCUCCUGUCCUCCCUCCAGCUCCCAUCAACACUGCUGAGCCCAAACCACCAGACAUAGACGUGUCUGACCUGGGAUCACGAAACUAUGGAGCCCGCUCAGAUUUCUACUGCCUGGUCACUGAGGAGGACAUCUAAUCCACACUCCACUAACAGCUGUUGAUCCCUGAAAAAAAUAACAUCCACAUCAGGUUGCUAUUUAGCAAUACCAUAUAUAUCUCUGUGCCAAUGUUUAUUUUGUUUUUAUAAAGUGUGUUGUUACAAUCAAAGUGUUCUCUUGUUACCAAAAAAAAAAAAAAAGAUUUUUGGAUGUUUUGUAAUUGUAAAUGUAGUGUAAAAUAUUUUAAAAGAAAUUGUACAAUCGCUGGCGUUGGGCCAAAACCUUCUAUCUCCAAAAUCACAACAGAAAAACGUGCUAUUUUGCAAAUAAUUUAACACUGACUGUUGAUAGUCAGCAUCUUUUUAACACUUAUUGACCCACUGAAAGAUGUAAAGGAUGGCCAGUAGCACUGAUUUAUGGAAAAAAAAAUUUAAGUCAUAAAAACAAAGAGAUACGAGGUUUUGGCCAGACGUUAGCGAUAUCUGAAAUAAAAUAAUUGUGACCAUUGGGAAAUGUGCGAAUACAGACAAUUUUAUUGUCAUUUGGAGAAAAGCUGUGUCUCCAGCAGAGGGCAGAAUUGUGCCAUAGAGGAGAGAGGAAUUUCUGAUUUUAAGCAACAUUUCCUAUUUCAAAGACUGUCAUCUCAGAGAAUUGGUAAAUGUAAAAAGGCGAAUGUAUAAUAGUUUAAUAAUCCAUAUCUUUGUGUUUGCACAGCCAUAGCUGAAACAACUCAUGAUUGUCAAAGCGUGGAGGUUUUCCUGUGCCUAACAACACAACAAUUAGGCUAAUAAACGAUGAUUGAAUAUC